AUGGAACUUAGCGGUCGUGUUAAUGGGCUGGGGAUGGAGUUGUUGAAUCAGUCCAAUUACAAGUCAUACAAGAAGUGGAAGCAGGUUAAUGCGAAGGCGGAGUUCAUUGUGAAGAGGACAAUCUCCUCCGAUUUAUUUGAUCACAUUAUAAAGAGUAAAUCAGCUCACGAGAUAUGGAGGACCCUCGAUCACUUGUUCAACAAGAAGAAUGAAGCUCGGCUGCAAAUAUUGGAGAAUGAAUUGGCUAACACCACUCAAGGUAACCUUUUUAUCGUCGAGUACUUUUUGAAGAUUAAGAACUUAUAUUCUGAGAUAUCUUUGUUGAAUCGGGAAGAGGCUAUUUUGGAAGCACGAAUGAGAAGAAUAUUCAUUCGUGGACUAAAACCUGAAUAUAUUCCAUUUUUGACGUCGAUUCAAGGAUGGGCUCAACAACCAAUCUUGGAGGAAUUUAAAAAUUUAGUGUCGUCCCUGGAAUUAGUAGCCAAGCAAUUGGCUAGUGUGUUUGUCAAAAACAAAGAAGAAGAUGCUCUUGCAGCAGACAAGAGAAACAUUAAAAGAAAAAUAGGAGAUAUGCCAUAA